UGUAAUAUGUAUAAAAAUUACAUCUGCGGUAUAAGUGUGAUAUGUAUAUACGUAAGACUAGUGAUUUACGACUAUAAUUGUAUUACCAUGGUCCAUGAGCCUUUUUUCCGUGGGCUUUUUUCUUCAGUAUGUUUAUUUCUCUGGGCUUUUUUUCCACCUAACCAAUUAAAUAGUAUAAUAUUUUUGAUGGUAUGUCACAAUAUAUCGGUUUGUUGUUUUUUAAAUUAAUAAUUAUCAAAGUUAAUUUGUUUUCUUAUAAAUGUAUGGCAAUAUAAUAAUAAACAGUGGUGGUUGGCGGGGCAAGGGCCGUGGACGUGGACGUGGAGGUGAGCGUGGGAGUGGUGGUGAUCUUGGACGUGGUGGUGCCAGCACAAAACCCCCCAAAAAGUUUACUGGAAAGUGCGACCUAUGCAAGGUGAAGGGGCACAAAAUUAUUGACUGUCCAAAAUUGUUGACUAUAAUGGCAAUGGCCGAGGCAGCCUCGUCUCCGCCGACCAAUGAGGGCGAAGGCAGCGGUGUAACCGGUGGUGAUGGCGUGUCUGUCGGUGAAGGUGGCGGUGCUGGAGAGACCGGUGGUUGCGAGACCGACGGUGGUGGUGGUGGUGAGACUGGCAGUGGUGGAGAAGUCAUUUUAUAGUCUAAAAUGUAUAAAAAAUUAAAAUAUAUAUAACCUACGGCAAUACAUACAAUAUAUAAAUAUAAUACAUUUUCUAUUGUUUUUUAUUUAUUUUCGUCCAAAGCCAUUUUCCUUAGUUGUUAGAACCUACCUAAAAUAAAUAAGCAGUACAAUGUACAGAGUAAGACGUAUUAGUCAUUAGUUACAAGUUUACAACCAUAACAACGAUUAUUAAUUGUAGUAGUUUUUAAUAUUACUUUAUUACUAUGUGUAUAGUAUUCCUUGUUAUCGCAAUAUCGCCGUGCGUCGUGCAGACAGCUGCAGACA